GUAAUCUCGACCCACUGCCUACAUGGCUUCUGAAAGACUGCGUCGAAAUAUUUGUACCUAUCAUGAGCCAGAUUGUGAAUUCGUCCAUCACUUCCGGUGUAUUUCCAGAUAAGUUGAAGGAGGCUAUCAUCUUCCCUGUGCUGAAGAAGUCAUCGCUUGACCACGAGGUCAUGAAGAACUAUCGUCCGGUAUCGAAUAUCGCCUUCAUGUCCAAAGUACUUGAGCUUGCAGUGUCUACCAGACUUUCGUCGUAUCUUGGUGAUCAUGAUCUUCGUGAGCAAUUCCAGUCAGCAUACAAGCCUUCCCACAGCACGGAAACUGCCCUGCUUCGUGUAAAGCAGGACAUUCUUCAACAGAUUGACCAGAAGAGGGGAGUACUACUUGUGCUACUAGAUCUGAGCGCUGCCUUUGACACCAUAGAUCAUUCUAUUCUGCUGUCAAGACUUCAGACUGAGUAUGGCAUAAAGGAGACAGCCCUUCAAUGGUUUACAUCGUAUCUCACUGGACGUUCCUCACGUGUCUCUUUUCACGAUGUACAUCCGACCUGUUGGAGAUAUCAUCAAACGCCAUGAUCUCCAGUAUCAUCUUUACGCAGAUGAUACUCAGAUUUAUUGUAGUUUUGAUCCACGCAAUCAAGCUAGUCUCGAUGAAGCCUGCAAUAGGUUGGAAACAUGUAUAGGCGAGUUGAGUCGAUGGAUGACAAGCAAUAUGCUGAAACUUAAUGAAGACAAAUCGGAAAUCAUCAUUCUGUCAUCCAG